AUGAUGUUGUUGCCCGGCCGUGUGUUGUACUCAUUGGCCUUGCUUCUGAACGUUUUGUGUGCGUCUGCUGUGACUGGUGCGCUUGAAGUCAAACGUUGCGUUGCUGGUAAUUCUGAGUGUCUUCCUCCUGCACCAUUUCAAGAAGGUUCCAUUGGUUCCGGUGAACUUCAUGAAUCUACUGAUGCUGAUCAUUCUCUUAUUCCUCUACCACUUGUCCCUGAGCAUCGUACAGUUGAAAGCGGUAAUCAUCCCAAUGGGGAUGUAGAUGUGCAGGAUCAUUCAACACGAGGUGGGACUGAGCGUCUGGGUGAAGAAGAUCAUUUGGAGGUUAAGCCUUCGAUAAAAGAAGUAAAGACAGAAGACCCUGUCAAUUCUCUUACAACUGAUUUGAGGAAUAAAGAAGGAGCAAAUGGAUUGCAAGGUGCAAAAGGUGAAGUCGGUCAGGAAUCUCUAGCACCUGCCGCUCCUCCAGCUAAACCAGCAGCCCAUCCUUCUGACGCUCUAAAAGAGCAGGAUAGUGAACAAGGACAUGAUAGUGAAGGGAAGGAUUUGUUAUCAGUAGAUAACUCUAAACCUCAGCAGGGAGAAAAACUACAAGAGGAACCACAUAAGGAACCUCAGGUGUCACGAGAUCCGCAAUCUUCCAGUCAACCCAAUGGGAACCAUGAAGUUCCACAGGCUUCCCAACCUCAACUGCAGGGACCAAUGCCUACAGUCCAAGAAGAGAGCCAGGAGAAGGAGCACACUGCAGAAAGCCACAAUGGAUCAAGUGGAAAUACAUCUACUAAUGAUAUUCCAGCAACAGAAUCCUCUUCCUCAGCAUCUACUGCAGCUCCUGCCACAUCUUCACAUGAAGACACUGGUGAUAAUGGUGCUACACCCAGUGAGGAAUCAACAACAACAACAACACUUCCUCCUGAACUCACAAACGACAAGAAGGGUGAUGCAGACAGCAGCAGCAGUAUCAACAGUUCUGUGUGGGUGCGUGUGCCA